GCUGUGUGUGCGUGUGUGUGCAUGCCUGCGUUUGUGCAUCCAGAGAGCUAUCCGGUAGAUUGUGGUGUGCUCGGCAGAGAAGAUGGGAGCUGCGAGACAUUGAUUGGUUGUUGGGUUUCAUGGGGUGUGGCUAGAAUUUGAAUGCCUGCCUUUCGCACAGGCAGGUUUCGGGGACAGUGACCGAAGAGGGAUGGAGUGUUUGAGCCUGUGUGUGUGGUGGUGGGGAGAGUAUCGGAGCUUGUGAGAGAAAGGAGGAAAGGGAAGAAAACAGGGGGGGCAUAUCGAGAGAGCGAAAGAAGGAGGGAGCUUCUGGGAGCAAUUCUGGACUACCGCUCAAACACUGCAGUCUUUCUUUUGCUUCUCUGAGGAAACAGGGUUCCCCUUCUUGCUGCCUAAUGCUCCUUCUUACUUCUUCCGUGGCUGCGUUGCUAUGACCCUGAUGGACACCUUGAUCUCCUCACCCACCUAAAGAAGAGGAAAAACGAGCUGUAGCGGAGAAGGGAGAAACAAGAGGAGGCGAAACCACACACUUUGUCUCUGUGAUGAGAGUCUGGAAAUUAAUUAUCUACCGUCAGCACAGAGGGGGGAGCGCAGAGAGGUGCACAGUUAAUAGAAUAACUGAGAGUUGAAGAGGGUGACUUUGUAGAUGUGUGAAGAACAGGCUGUGGCGAGGUGCAGAGAAACCCCUAGGCACUUCUCAGAAACAAAAAAGGGACAAGUUUGGGUCGACGCGUGAAGUGAGGAGGAAAUUAGGCAAGGAAGUAACUCCACAGGGAUACUAAUUCAAGAAGCCAAAGAACUGUCCAAUUGCAAGCAUCCUUCAUCCUUUCAUUCCUCUUUCCAACCUUCCUCUUAAAUCCAUAACUACAUCCCUAACGCUCAUCCCCUUGUCUUUUUUUAGUUCUUUUUUUUUGCAUGUCAGCAAAAGCACAUCAUCAGCCACAUUCACGUGCUGAACGCUCAGAUGCACCUAAGACCCACAGCGCAGCGUUGUAUUGUCAGAAAUAGAUGUGUCAUCUGCUGCUGAGUAAAAAGUUGAUUUAGCUGUAUUACGGGUGUCAUUACUUGCUGGACAGGAGCACCUGCUCUGGAAUCUCUUGUGAGACCAGGUAGGACAUUUCUGGAUCAUUUUGGGUACUCCAAGCAGGUGGGGAUGUGUUAAGCUCUCCAGUCGUUCACCUGAUUGAAACGUUAUGAGAUGAAACUGCAGACCGGCUUAUCUCCCAGAGCACGACACCUGUGUUUGAGGGAUUAUGCUAAGGGAAAUAGGGAUGUGCAGCUGUACUUGUGCAUGGCAAGACAGUGUCCGAAAUACAAUGAAUUACACAGGUUGUGUCGCCAGAAUGUGCAAGCUCUCAUGCUCAAUGUAAUGACUCUAAAAGAUUAAAGACAACUCAAUUGGGGUGACACAUUUUCUUCAAUAGAUUAAUUUAAAUCACAUGUGACCCCAUUUAUGAUAUAAUUAAUCCAGCAUUGCUAGGCUUUGUCAGGGGGGGGUCAUAAUUGUCUUAAAAUCCAUUUCUCUGUUCUCGGAGGAGUAAGUCGUAGUACCUCGUAGUGAACUUGCAUCAGAGCUGAAGCACACAGAGUGACUUUUAAGACUUUCUAAAGACUAAUUGUGCUUCCACAAUGAGACGCUCAAGCACAGAUGAGACUCCGUACCGACGCAGUCCAUCUCUGGACAGCAAACCUGACACUCCGCCCUUCACUUCUGGUUUUCACCGAUUCAGUGGGGAGUUUGAGUAUAAGAGACCCCCUUUUGCUUUCGGCUUCCACACAACAAAGGGGCCAAAGAACUCCAACGGGCGCUACGCCCAGGGGAAGAAGUAUGUGGUGUUUUACCUGGACCUCUCCUUCAUAUUCCUUCUAGAACUGCGGCGCUGCAGGAUGGCUGAGGGUUGCAUGAUGGCCCUACGCUAUGGAAUGGUCUUCUUCAACCUCCUUUUCUGGUUGGGAGGAUGUGGCAUCCUGGGGGUCGGAAUCUGGCUCUCAGUGACCCAGGGAAACUUUGCCACGCUGUCAUCAUCCCUUCCCUCUCUGUCGGCAGCCAAUCUGCUCAUCGCAGUGGGGACAAUCAUCAUGGUGAUCGGAUGUCUGGGCUGCGUGGGAGCUGUCAAAGAAAGCCGCCCUCUGCUGCUGGCGAUUGAUCGCUAUGCUCAGAGGGAUUUGAAGAAGGGCCUGCAGCUUUUCGGCACCGAAGGCAACGUGGGUUUGACCAACGCCUGGAUGAUCGUACAAACUGAUUUCCGUUGCUGUGGAGUCACCAACCACACAGACUGGUUUGAGGUUUAUAAUGCCACCCGAGUCCCAGACUCCUGCUGCCUGGAGUACAGCGACAACUGUGGACUGGACAACCCAGGAACUUGGUGGACUGCACCAUGUUACGAGCGAGUAAAGGACUGGCUAAACGACAACCUGGUGGCACUUUGGAUCUUUGCUCUAUGCACAGCUCUCACUCAGAUCCUGGGUCUGGUCUUCUCUAUGACAAUGUUCUGCCAGGCAGUGAAAGUAGAGACUUUUUACGCCUAGCGAUCGAACCCUCCGCCCUUCAGAGUGCUUGGAUUGUUUCUCAUCUAAAAGGGACUCAAAAACCUCCCAACCUUGCGUCCUCCACUUUCUCCAAUGAAAAACUAUUUUUUGUUCCUAAGCUUGUCCUCUCUGUGACAUCGGCUCUCAGAUGUCACCAGUUCACAGUACUCCUGCUAUCGACCAGCACAGUGUCAGUGUUAUCUCUCAUUCAUUAUUUUGCUCUGUGUUAAAAGCUAAUUUUUUGUGAUAUAUUUUAUCAGACAGUAUUAUGAACAUGUAUAAAACAAACGUAACCCUUUUUUUUUUUUUAAUAUGUGUUUUGUUUAAAUUAUUUUCAGGUUUGUAUGUGUUUUAAAAAUAGGAGCUUCAGCUGAGAAAAGCGCACUGGGUUUUGUGCUGCAAGUGCAUGUCUCCUGCGAUGAUGUGAAUUAAAUGUUUUGACUCGA